AAUAGAGAGAAAUGAGAUUCCAAGUGGAUUGGGAUUCAAGGAUCAGGCCUUAGGUAAGGUAGCACUAAGAGGAGCUGAGGUGCUAGGGGCCAAGGAGCUAAGAGGAACAAGCAGCAUUGCAGGCAGGGGCAUCAAAGGCAUGGGCAAGGGUGCCGAAGUCAUAGGCAAGGGCGCCUGGCUAGGAGGCAAGGUCUAG